AUGUCUCUCAAGAGCUGGCUCUCCAUUGCCGCCGACUGCCACUUCUCAUUGGUAAACAUCCCAUUCGGCAUCAUCAGUACCCAAGGCAGACCUACACCCCGACCUGCAAUUGCUAUCGGAGAGUAUGCCCUGGACCUUGAUCUCUUCGCGUCUCACAAUGGCUUCUCUGCCCUGUCUUUGAUUCAGCCACAUCAACAUGUCUUUUCCGAUACCACCUUGAAUGCAUUCGCCAGCCUCGGGAGACCAAUGCAUACAGCUGUUAGAAAAUACCUUCAAUCAGUUUUCUUGGAAUCGACNCCCUUCCCAGAUGUCCUAAAGAACAACAAAUCAGUCCAGGAAGCUUGUCUUGUCCCUCUGAAAGACGUUCAGAAUCAUGUGCCUAUGCAAAUAGGAGACUACACCGACUUUUACGCUGGCUUGAAUCAUGCUUUUACUGUAGGCGAGCUUUUCCGUGGAGCAGCAAAUGCUCUGCAGCCCAACUACAAACACCUCCCAGUAGGAUAUCAUGGGAGAGCCUCGAGUAUUGUCGUAUCCGGAACUCCCGUCCGUCGGCCCCUUGGGCAGAUACUAGAGGAUCCUACGGCGGAGGUCAAGAAGCCCAUACUUUCUGCUUGCAGAAAACUUGAUAUGGAGCUCGAGCUCGGCGCCUUUGUAUGCAAGAACAACAACAUGGGUGAGCCGAUCCCUAUAAACGAGGCUGAAGAUUACAUCUUUGGUGUCGUUCUACUCAACGAUUGGUCUGCUCGUGAUAUCCAAGCCUGGGAGUAUGUGCCUCUUGGACCAUUCACUGCAAAGAACUUUGCAUCCUCCAUCAGCCCUUGGGUCGUCUUGAGUGAUGCGCUCGAACCAUAUCGUACUACCGGCCUGGACAGUGACGUGGAGGUUCUAGACUAUCUCAAAGAGAGAAACAAGAAGAACGUGUACGACAUCAAGCUGGAAGUUAUCCUCAAGACUUCUUCGGGUGCCACCACUACAAUUUCUCGCACAUCGGGAAAGAAUCUCUUGUUUUCUUUUAACCAGAUGCUAACUCACCACUCCAUCACUGGCUGUCCUAUGCGUGUUGGAGAUAUGCUCGGGUCUGGCACUAUUUCAGGAAAAGAAGCAUCUGAGCGCGGCAGUCUUCUGGAGCAAAACAGAAACAGCAAAACAGUCAUCAAGCUAGAAGGUGGCGAGCAGCGUGUCUUUCUGGAGGAUGGUGACGAGGUUACUAUCAGCGGAGUCUGCGUGGGAGAAGAUGGUUCGAGAGUUGGCUUUGGAGAUUGCAGGGGCAAGAUUGUUCCCGCAGUCAAGAUCUAG